AAAAAAACGACUAAAUCGGACGCGAACACAGCCAAUCAAUUUCACUUCUGUUUCCCUCUCUACGUCCGAUCUCUCUCUCUCUCUGUCGCCGGAGCUGUUUUGCGAUCGCACGCCCGGAGUGACAUGGCCAUGACGGAAGAGAAGCCCGUGUCCGACGGCCGAGGUUGGGGUUUCUUCAAGAUGCCGUUCCGAAACCCCGUCGGCAACAGCAGCUCCGCCCCCGCCACCGUUCCGUUUCCGUCGGGAGCUUCGUCUUCUGCGUCUUCUCAUCUCCAUCUUCACAACCAUCACCACCAUCUCGACUACUACGGCCCUCACGGCGACGGAUCGGGUCCGAAUCAGCAUGCCACUCCAUCGGUGUCGUCAGUUGCCAAGUCAUUUCUGCCUGCGAAGCGCCGGUUGAAGCUUGAUCCGCCGAAGAAGCUUUAUUUCCCUUAUGAGCCUGGGAAGCAAGCAAGGAGCGCCAUUAAGAUUACAAAUACCAGCAAAUCACAUGUAGCCUUUAAGUUUCAAACAACUGCACCAAAGAGUUGCUUCAUGCGUCCUCCUGGUGCUAUUCUUGCUCCUGGGGAGACCAUUAUUGCUACUGUGUUCAAAUUUGUUGAGCCUCCGGAGAACGAUGAGAAGCCGUCGGAACAGAGAACAAGGGUUAAGUUCAAAAUCAUGAGCCUGAAGGUGAAAGGCCCCAUGGACUAUGUGCCUGAGCUGUUUAAUGAGCAAAAGGAUAACGUGUCCAUAGAGCAAAUAUUGUGUGUGGUGUUCUUGGAUCCUGAGCGUCCCAACACUGCUCUGGAGAAGUUGAAGCGACAACUGGCUGAAGCAGAUGAGGCAGCAGCCAAAGGCAAGAAACCCCCGGAAGAUGCUGGUCCAAAGAUAAUUGGUGAAGGGCUUGUUGUUGAUGAAUGGGUGCGCUUACAUUCUCCUAAGGAGCGUAGGGAAAGAUAUCUUGCACAGCAGCAAGACCCGGCAUAGUUUUGGAUGAGAUGAUCAAGGAACUCGAACAAUGUUGUCUGGUAACUCAUGGGUGUCAUGCAAUCCUACGAUCAAUGAAUGUAUAGAUGAUGAAAAAAAGUGUGAAAUUUAACAAGUCUUCAUUUUUCUCGUCUUGUUUUGCAAAUGGUGGUAGUGUUCUUGAUUUUUGCAACACAGCCACGAAUAUGAGCAUUGGAAUCAAAAUGUCUUUUAUUUCAA